AUGCCUGGAAUCGUCAACAUGGAGAAUGGGGGUUUGAACGGCACACAUCCAAACCAUGAGAGAAACCUAAAGGUCAACGGCGCCAAUGGUGGAACGAUGGAAGGACAGCCGAAUAAGGGCAAGGCGCCCGCCGACACCCCUGGGGCUGGUAACAUGGCGAACGGCCUUUCCGGCGGAAACGCUCAAAACGACUCCCAAGGAAAGCAACAAUCGCAGAUGUCGACCGGGCUGACGUUACAGCAAAAACCGAGGAUGAACGACCUACCCGAGGAGAUUGUGCAUAUCACCCAGGGGUACAUCCCCCUAUCGACGAUUGUCGCGCGACUGGCGCAACACACCCACGAAGAGCUACAGAAGACCGUCAUCGAAAUGGGUUCCAUUAAGUGGGCACCUCCUGCAGUGAACGGAAACACACCCCAUGGCAGCGAUGCACCUGAUGAUAUGUCGGAAGGAAACAAGAGAAAGAAGAUGCUCAUGAUCAAGUUUGCACAAGACGCACAUUCUAAAUGGGUCAAGGCUCUCGUCAUUACGGACUGGAGUAAGAACGCAGAGGCUGUCAGCAAGCUUAUCGACAUCAAGGCACACAUUGACUCGAAACGCAUGCUAUAUGACUACUCCCAGGACUUACUGAUUGACCUGAAGCGUUCGCUGGACAACGCCCGACUUCCCAACCCUGACUUGAAGACGGCUCUGCAAGUCCUAACGACUGGUGAAGCAUCAUGGAUUCCAGAGCCUGGAUAUAUACCACCACCGCCAUUGACAGCAGAAGAACAACUGAAAUGGAUCGACGAUCUUAAUACGAUGCUUUCUCUUCGCCUGAACCUGGAAGACUACGACAAAAUACCACAUCAAUUCAAGAAUUACAGUAUCCAGUCUGGUAGAGUCACUUUCGUAGUGAAGGGCGAGUUUGAAGUGGAUUUGACAAUCGCCGACGAGGACUUUACCCAACAAUUCUGGUUCAUUGACUUCCGAUUCGCCUUUUCGCCAUCAUCAAGCAAGCUCUCUGACGCGCUGGUGUCGUUCCUUGAAGCACACGUCAACGAAAUCCUCGGAAAGGAAGGCCUCGAAGGAUGCUACCGAUUCCUGCACGAAUUUGUGCUCACGCAUAAGAUCAGCGAGCUCAGGAGACAGGCCAUCGAGCUGAGUCGAAGCACAUGGACCGGCACGUUGAUGGUGGAACCUCUGAACAGAGCCUUGGCCUUACAAUACUGGACCACUCGAUACGGAGCCAACGGACCAAAGAGCUGGGUCAUGAUUGCAGUGAACAGUGCCAAGAAGACUAAUGGGCAGACUGAUUCGAAGCACUCCAGUCGAUUAGUUGCACGCUGGUAUCGGGACAACAAGGAAGUCAAGGAUGUGUUCCUGCCAUUUGAUGUGGACAACUUGUGUGCCGAAGACCUGCUCAAGACGGCAGUGGCCAGACACGUUGAGCACAUUCUGUCAUCCAUCCACACCAAGCUUCUAUCAUAUCCUCGGUUCGUCAAUAGGGAGUCCUCGAUGACUUUGACAGUCUCUCAAACGGAGCCGAUGGAAUCAUCCUUGAGCAUGCAACUGGGCCCUCGGGAUAACGUCACACUCCUCAUACAACCCAUCACUGGGUUCGCCGCGAUCAAGCCCCACGCGAAAUAUACACUACAGGGAGAAACCCGCCUCAACUACGGCGGCAAGGACCCUGCUGAGGACGGAGUUACCUGCCUCGAGAACAUCAGAUGGGGCUACUUCAUUGAGGAGUGCAGCCGCAGAGGACGAAGUGUGGGCUGGAAGACUUGCAAGAGUCCCCUCGGUGGCGAAGACAUCAAGCAGUUCAUUCGGACCCGUGAGGCGUUCCAAACUAUUUUCAUGCAGCGCCAGAGCCUAGAUCAAAAUUGGUUCGUGAUGGUGUCCUUGAGCCUGAGCGGCGACGAGUGGUGGCUGCUUGAUAUUGACCGUAACACGCCAACACGUCCACCCAAGUUCCACACCAAACUGCAACUCACUCGAGGGCAACCCGAUUUGGAUGACGCCUUCUGGUCUCACCUAACACUCUUUGUUACUGGCAUCGUUCAACAGGCUACUGACUUGGAGCACUUGCAUAGGGGCAAGAUCCAAUACUUGACGAAGGAGUCGACUAACUAUGCGCUACCACAACAAGUACGGCUUCCGUCCCUGGUCAUCAAGCUGUCCCAGAUCCUGGGGUCAUCAGAAACGGGCGCACAGGAUGGUUCCAAAGAUACCUCAAGGCAAUCGGGCAAGCAGGACUCAUCUUGGGCGCAGGAUCAGGUCGAGGUGAAGUUCAAGGGGCUUCAAACUCGGCCUACAGCCGCCCAGGGCCAAGAUGGCAAUGAACCCUCAGCUGUGGAGAUGCUCGAAAACGCCGAACUCAACACUAUUGUUGACGCCAUUGUCCGGGUCAAAGACAAGACUAAAUUUGCACUGCUAAAGGGCCGUAUCGACCGCAACGUCUCCUUCAGUCCCAAGAAGGGCGAAUUCAUAUUCCGCAUACGCUACUUGGUUGGGCAACCUAUUCUAGAGACUUUGACAACCCAUGUCAAGUCCAUUGAUCGCCUUGUAGGCUUCCUCGAAGCCAUGAGCAAAGCAAGGGGCUCUGUUAAGUGCGAAAGAGUCAGCCUUCAGCAGGUCGUCUUCACAUACAGCGAUAUCACGAUGCCGGGGGAGAGCGACCAAACUCAGAAGCCAAAACGCUGGAGGGUAUCCCUCGACUUGGCUAAGAGUCAGAUUAGAAUGUCCCUGGAGAAGGGGAACCCGCACGCGAGAGUCCUUGACCUACUCACGACGUUGGUGAAUACCCAGGACGGACUCAGAGUCUUGAUCUUUUACAUGCCGGUACUCCUCCCAGUUCUGAGAACUCUCGAGAGCAUCGAAUCGAAGUGGGAACCCCUCGAAACAACCAACCAAGGUCGCGUCGAGAUCUUCACCAGGUCCAUCGACUGGAUCGCUCUUCGUUAUACUCUGCCCAGUCCGACAGGCGAGCCGCGGGUUUUAGUACUGGAAAUACGAAGCAGGAUGCGGCGCAACGAGAUGUGGUGGAAUUUUACUCGUGCAACACAGGGCGCGGUGGCUCCUGACGAGGAGUUCAACAAGAUCCUAAAGGGUGUUUGGGAAUCUCACGGCAAUGGCUGGAGGGGUCUUAGGACGAGCGCGGCCUCGCGGCCUGGCCCAAGCACCAUGGAGUUGCUCACGAAGCUCGACGACCUCGUGCGAGCAUACGCUGUGACUGGUGACGUUGGCAGCGCACCAUCAACCGAGGGCCAACCGACACAAACCAGUCAAACAACUUCAACAAAUCAGUCUUUCGGGACGCAGCCAACGAGCGUGAGCCAAGGGAGCAACAGGAACGGUGGCGGAAGUAAGCAAGCGCCCUUGGUCCUCGAUUGA